GGGGCAUACGCGUCGCGUUAAAAUUUUCGCGGGAAAUCGCAGUAUCGCGCGUUCCACGUUCGAAAAUUAUUCUGUGUUAUUCCAUUUUGAAAUUUGUGUUACAAAAUUGUUGUUAUGUGCCAGUGCUAAUGUGUGAAGUUACUAGUGUUUUUCUCCAAUAUCAGUGGUAAUAAACAAAGUGUUGUGAUGUAACCUUACAAUGGAAAUCUGCUAAAGUAAAAUGACAAAGGAGAUCGUUCAUGCGACUCUCCCGUCAUAUUCAACAAAAAAGACUAUAGACCCAAUUAAUAAAAGCAAUGGAACAAGAACAAGCAUCGACAGAAGAAGAAUCAAAAACAUUGGAAACAUCCAAAAUGUCAUCAACAAACCAAGUGAAGCUAUGGACAAUGCUCAAACACACGCGGUUAAAAGAACUCUUAAUAGUAGAAAAUUAAUUAAAUUACCAAUGUUAUUUUCAUUCCUUGUUUUCUAUAUAUGUGUUAUAAAUGUGAUAAUUAUGUGUGAUGUUAGUGAUAGUGAAGUAAAUUUAAAGACUUUCAAAGAAAUAAAAAGUACUCAUGCGUCGCAGGCGUAUUUAAGAGAGAGAAAUAAACAUGGACACAAACGUGACAUGCACAAUAAAAAUAUUCGUAGCGGUCUCGCUUCCCAAAGAAUAGAAGAUGACGAUAUAAAAACUGAUAAAUACUCAAGUUCAGAUGCCCAGGAACUCAGUAAAGUCUACAACUAUUUUAAAAAUAAAGACGAAAUGGUUAAUUCAACUGAGUACCCCCAUCGCUACAAAUUACCUAGAUAUGUAUACGAUGACAUACACGCUGUGGGCUAUCCUCACGAUUUGGCAGUUAAUGCAUACUACGUGAAAAAGACAAAUUUUAAUCUGAGACCGGAAAAACAUCGGUUCAAUGAAAAGAUUGUGAAAUUAGGUGUUCUUUUGCCUGCGGAUCCUGGUCAAGUGUUUUCCCUUGUGAAAGUUUUGCCAAUAUUGGAGAUGGCUGUACCUGCUAUGACCAAACCAGAUGGUCCUCUGCCGGGAUGGAAAAUCUUAGUGGAUUAUCGUGAUACUGGCUGUUCCUCGGUGGAAGGACCAUUGGCUGCUUUCGAAUUCUACAUCAACGGAUCUGCGGAUGCCUUUAUCGGCCCUGGUUGCGAAUACGUCAUCGCACCUGUGGCGAGAUACGCCGGGCCCUGGGGUAUCCCCGUUAUAACCGCGGGGGCCCAGGCCGAAGCCUUCAGCUACAAGAGCGGCAGUUACGUCACUCUGACCAGAAUGAUGGGGAGCUACAUCCAGGCUGGUGUUGCAAUCAGAAAAGUAUUCGAGGAGUUCAACUGGCGAAAACUGGGAAUGCUGUACCACAAUAACGACCCUACCACCGGACAAGGGAACAGUCCAUGUUUCCUUACAUUAAGCGCCAUAUUUACAGUGCUGAAGAAGAAGGAAUCCAGUGCAACGAUUCCUAACAUACCGUUUGACGAAAGAAAUACUACUACCGCGUCUUUGAAACAGUUGUUGAGGAAACUAUCCUUGAAUACUAGAAUCGUAGUAGUGUGCGCUAACCCGAGUACAGUCAGGGAAAUCAUGUUAGCCGCCGACGACCUCAACAUGGUGUCUUCGGGAGAGUACGUGUUCUUCAAUAUUGAACUAUUUUCGAAUUUGGCGUCAGCAUCGUCAAAAGAACCAUGGAAAGUUGAAGGCGACACGGAAGAGCGGAACGAGCGAGCGAGACGGGCAUAUAGUGCUGUCCUCACUGUCACCAGCCCAGCGCCUGAAAAGAAGGAGUAUUUGGAAUUCUCAGACCAGGUGAAAGAAUUAGCAGCCACGAAAUACAACUACACAUUUGGCAAAGGAGAAGUGGUGUCCACCUUCGUAGCCGCCUUCUACGACGCCGUGCUGUUGUAUGCGCUUGCGCUGAACGCUACUCUGAGGGAGGUUGACAUCACUAAGGGGCCGUUAGAUGGCGCCGCUGUCAUAAGGAACAUGUGGAAUAGGACCUUUCAAGGGAUCACCGGCGAGGUUAUAAUCGACUCGAAUGGAGAUCGCGUGGCGUCGUACUCUCUGCUGGAUAUGAACCCCAAGACCAGUAUGUUCGAGGUGGUCGCGACGUACGUAGCAGCCAACUCCUCGCUCCAGUUCAUCCCGGACCGCCCCAUCCACUGGGCCGGGGGGAGGCUCACCCCACCACCAGACACCCCCGAGUGCGGCUUCGAUGGCGCCCUGUGCCCUGACAAUUCUCUUCCAGUGUACGCCAUUCUCAGUAUAGUCCUCAGUUCAGUAGUGGUCGUGCUCGCCAUCUUGUCAGUUUUCAUAUACAGGCACUACAAGCUGGAAGCGGAGAUAGCCAUGAUGACCUGGCGCGUGAGCUGGACUGACGUGCUGCACCCAGGCGGGAAACUCCGGGGCAGCAUGCAUUCCUUGGCGAGGAGGUACAGCGCCGGGACCGCAUUUUCAGACGAAGCCACUUCUUUGCCAGGCGAUAGACAAGUCUACGCACCAUGCGCAUUUUACAAAGGCUGUCGCGUGGCCAUCAAGAAAGUGGACAAACAACGCAUAGACUUGACCAGGCCUCUACUUCUAGAACUGAAGAAAAUGAAGGAUCUGGAGCAUGAUCACCUGGCCAGAUUUUAUGGAGCCUGUGUAGACCCCCCACACUGUUGUCUGCUAACGGAAUAUUGUCCAAAGGGGUCGUUACAAGAUAUUUUGGAGAAUGAGAACAUUAAGCUGGAUUGGAUGUUCAAAGUUAGCCUGAUGCAUGAUAUUGUCAGGGGCAUGCACUACCUCCACGGAACCGACAUCAGAUCUCACGGCGCUUUGAAGUCCAGCAACUGUGUGGUGGACUCCCGUUUCGUCCUGAAGAUCACGGAUUUUGGACUCCACGCCUUGAGGACUUCGGAGAAAGAUUCAAGGGCGCACAGCUAUUGGACGCGUCUGAUGUGGACAUCUCCGGAGCUGCUUCGCAUGGCCGACCCACCACCAGAAGGCAGCCAGAAAGGAGACGUGUAUUCCUUCGGUAUCAUCAUGCAUGAGAUCGUCAACAGGCAGGGCGUGUUUUGGCUAGGGCCCGGUGUGGAAAUGGCUCCGAAAGAUAUAAUUGAAACGGUAAUAUCCAGUGGGUUACGACCAAACACGUCACACCACCGGUCGUGCGAGGCUGAUGAUGCCACAGAGCUGAUGAAGAGAUGCUGGGCCGAAGACCCGGCCGAGAGACCAGACUUUGCGCAUUUGAAGGGCGCAGUGCGGAGGCUCAACAAAACUCAAGAAAGUAGCAACAUUCUAGAUAAUUUGCUUUCUCGAAUGGAACAGUACGCUAAUAAUUUGGAGUUUUUGGUUGACGAGCGCACUCAAGAUUAUUUGGAAGAGAAGAAGAAAUGCGAAGAGCUUCUGUACCAAUUAUUACCAAAAUCCGUAGCAUCUCAACUCAUCAACGGGCAGUCAGUCGUCGCAGAGACCUUCGAGCAAGUCACCAUUUACUUCUCGGACAUCGUGGGUUUCACUGCCUUAUCAGCUACCUCCACUCCUAUGCAGGUUGUUGACCUCCUGAACGACCUUUAUACGUGUUUCGAUUCCAUCCUUGAGAACUACGACGUCUAUAAGGUGGAAACCAUUGGAGACGCGUAUAUGGUUGUGUCAGGUCUCCCAGAGAGGAACGGCACCAGGCACGCGUGCGAAGUGGCCAGGAUGGCGCUGGCUCUCCUCAACGCCGUGAGGCGGUUCCGUAUCAGGCAUCGGCCGCAUGACCAGCUCAAACUGAGGAUCGGACUGCAUUCUGGUCCAUGCGUAGCUGGAGUGGUCGGGUUGAAGAUGCCCCGGUACUGCCUAUUCGGAGACACGGUCAACACAGCUUCAAGGAUGGAGUCUAACGGCGAGGCCCUGAAGAUCCACGUGUCACCGGUGACAAAGGCGUUGUUGGACACCUUCGGAACUUUCCAACUGGAGUGCCGAGGAGAGGUUGCCAUGAAGGGAAAAGGAAUUCUAGUCACAUACUGGUUGUUAGGCGAAAAAGUGGACCCAAAUGCCCCGAAAGAAAAGCCACAACUAACAAAAACACAAGCUUUAUCUGCUGACAGUGGUUCCUUAUCACAUUUAACACCGUUUCGACAACGAGUGGAUGGGCUUAGAACUUCCCGUGAUGACCUGCGAAGAAACUCUGCAGCAUUCCCACAGAAAUCCACAGACAAACCCGAUCAAGAAACACAACCACUUCUUCAAACAUUGAAACUGACCAGACAACACUCAGAUCCCAUAGAACCAGUAGCCAAUGGACUAACAGAUAACGGUGAAGAUUUAGAUAAAGUUAGCGUUUCAAACUCCAUAUCACUCAAUGUUAACUCCCUAAAUCAUAAUUCUGGACCAAGAGUGAAAUUGAAGGAUUGCCAAGCCAACUCGAUUGGUAAUCAUAAAUCGAAUAAGGUAGGUAACAAUAAUUGGAUAGCCAAAAUACCAACAGCCAGUUCCUUUGAUAAUGGUACUAAGAAAGGAAGUGAGCAUUUAAAAGACUACAGUAGUGUUCCUUUAUUAUCUAAAUCUGAACCGUUAAAUGAUUCAAUUGUUUAGAUUUCUGUACCUUUUAAUUUUUUAGAUUAUUUUUAGCAAGUUCCAUUAAUACCUAUAUAAAUCUGUAUGCCAAAUUUUCAAGUGAAAUAAAUUUUGGAGCUUUCGGCUUCGUACCAGUCACUAUCACCCUUUUUUGAAAAAUCUGAGUUGUCGACUUUAUAAUAAUAGAAAUUUUAAUGCUCCAUCAGUAUUUCUGAUAUGAUUUGUUUGAUCUCGUAUGGUAUUGUAGCAGUGAUUUUAGAUUGUUUGAAUUUAGGUUUUGUUUGUAGAUAAAUUUUUGUGUCAUAUUUGUGAAAAUUUGGUAAGUACUUAAAUCACCACUCCUAGACUUUUCCUCAUGAUUGAAAUGUAAGUUAAUAAUUUAGAGUGCGCAUCAGGAUUUAUUUGAAAGAGCUUAUUGAGCAUUUGGUUGUUAAUAGUAUUAUUUAAUGUAAAUAUUUGGGCGUAAGUAUCGGUCAAAGUAUUCUUAUAGUACUAAAUUAAGAGAGAAUUUUAUGAUUGUCCGUAUUAUAGUGUCAAUAUAAUGUUAGAUAUAUAAUAUUUAUUUGGUGAAAAAAGUUGACAAAAUGUGAAUAUUACAAUAUAUAAACAAUAUAUUAUAUAUAUUACAUAUAACUGUGCUAAUUUAUGAUCGUACUAGUAAGGUACUAUGGACUUCAAAGAUCAAUUUUGUUUUUACCUUUGUACUAGUUACCAUCUGCGGUUUUGUAUUUUAUUUUAGUAAUAUUUAUUUGUUUAUCUUUUAUAAAAGACUUUACUAUUUAAAAUUAUCCAAAGAUAUCAUAACCGUGAUAUUAAGUCUAUGUGCGUCAAAUUUUAGCAAAUCUCUUCAGUGCUACUUCUGUAGAGUUUCCAAAAUAAGUCAUUAGCUUACACAGAUAAGUUAUCAUGAGUUAUAAAGGAGUAACAAAAAAUAUAUAAGUAGGUAUAUCUCAACGACAAUUUGGUCGUCUAGCGUCGUAACUUGUCGCUCAAUUCUUUUAAGGUUGCAAUAUUUAAGGUACUAAGUGGAAAGUUACUUACAUUCCUAAAUCGUUAGAUGUAAGCUGUUUGUGUGAUAAUUUAUUACCCAACAUAUGUUGUCAAAACAUAAAUUUUAAUGAAGAUAUGUUUGUAAUAAAUGAAAAGCCUAAUUUUAGUAAAUUAAGAGUUCCUCAUAAAUAAGAAACUAAGUUGUGUGCACGGUUUCUUUUUGAGAAUUUUCAAAACAUUUUUUUUAGCUUUCCUCCACUAGGAAUUAAGGCACAGUUCAGCACAUUUCAUGUCAGUCGUCACGCAUUAAAUAACAGAAUUUUUUAAAAUAAUUCUACACUAAAACAAAAAAGCUGCCAAAUCUCAAGAGCAUUUAAUAAAUUCAUGAACUCUCCUGCUGUCCCUAUCUUCUAUACUCUGACAGAAAGGAAUAGAGUUACAUAGUUAAGAGUUGACAACGCACUUGUGACAGCCUAAAGUUGGCCCGAUAUGUUUUUUUUUGUCCGUACCUUACCCUGUAUCGUGUUGUCGUCACGUUCAAAGAACGCUGGAUUGGACGCAUAUUUUGUAACACAGAAUACAUAGAUUUGUAUUACGUGAUCUGCCCCACUAGCCAAAUGUCAAUCCACAAACGAAAUCGUAGCCAUAGAUAAUUUAUCACUAGAUGGAGUGACACCAUGCAAUCGUCGCUUAAAAAAAGAGGGCAAUAUUCAACCUGAUACGCGGUAUCUAGUGGUAUAUUAAUCUAAGGCAAUAUCUGCUCGUAGUAUAGAAUAUCUUCCGAACGUUUGACACUUGACUAUGAGGGCUGAUACAUCGAGAGCUAGUUAUUCGUUUCAUCCAGAGUUAUUGAAUCGCGACGCUGACACGACAUAGAGGUACGGUACGGACAAAAUCACAUGUCUGCACUCAGCUUUAUGCUGUGCUACUAAUGCCAAACCAAGUCAAUGCGCCAUUGUCUAAUGAAAAGCAUUAAAAUACAUUUUAAUUUAUUUUACUAUCGAAAAUUCGAUGGCUAGUUUUAAUUUUAGUCAAGAACUUGUAAAUAUUUAAAUUUAACAACUAUUUAUUGUAAAUAUAUGCUUAUAAAUAUAAAUUUGUUGUGAUCUUAGUGAAAAGUAUUCUUAAGUGUAUUAAAAUAGUAUUAGACUACGAGAUGAAUUUAAAUGUUUUAAAUCGUUAUAGUAAAAAAAAGAGUGAGAAUUAA